AUGUCAUACUCUCCUCACUUUACAGGUCUAGCGUCCCCUUUUGAUCGUGACCAAGCCACUUUAUCAAAUUAUCUCGAUGUAAAAACUUUGAAUCUUCAUUUGGAAUGGACGAUCGACUGGAAAUCUCAAACUUUUGGGGGAAGCUGUACCCUCACACUCAAGGCCGUCAAAGAUCUGGAGCUUGUCAUUCUGGAUGCUAGCCACCUUGACAUAGAUGGUGUACUUGUGGAUGGCAAAGAUGCUGAAUGGAAGUUAGGCACGAGGAUCGGGCUGAUGGGAGAAGGUCUCUUCGUCACCCUCCCUACCUCCAUCAAGGCGGGACAGACAUUUGAGGUACUUGUCAGAUACUCAACGACGAAAGAAUGUACCGCCGUUGGAUGGUUGACACCAGCACAAACCAAAUCCGGCAAAUACCCAUAUCUGUAUUCUCAAUGUCAAGCUAUCCACGCCCGGUCAAUGUUCCCAUGUCAAGACACGCCAGCAAUCAAAGCCACCUAUUCGUCCAAGGUCAGAUCAAUCUUGCCUGUGCUUAUGAGCGCUCUAAGAGUGUCUCCUCCUAGCGAGGAGGCUCUUGUGAUGGGAGAGGAGAGGGAAUAUGAAUAUGUACAGCCUGUGGCUAUUCCAAGCUAUUUGGUGGCUAUCGCCUCGGGGGAGUUGGUCUAUAAAUCGUUCGAGAAGAUUGGAGGACGAAAGUGGCGUACAGGAUGCUGGACAGAGCCUGGAAUGAUGGACGCUUGUUUCUGGGAGUUCAAGGAGGAUACAGCAAACUUUGUCAAAACUGCCGAAGAUCUGACUACGCCAUACCAGUUUGGAGUGUACGACAUUCUCUUCUUACCCGAGUCUUUCCCUUAUGGAGGAAUGGAGAACUGCUGUCUCACUUUUGCCACACCCACGAUCGUCGCAGGUGACCGAAGUUGUGUCGAUGUCUGUGCCCAUGAGAUCAGUCAUUCAUGGUUCGGAAAUGGGAUAGGGUGUGCUUCUUGGUCUCACUUCUGGCUGAACGAGGGCUGGACAACAUACCUAGAGAGGUUGAUCAUGCGUGAGACUCAUGGUGAGGCUGAAAGACAACUGAGCUACAUCAUCGGACGGAAGGCUCUGAAGCAAGAUCUUGGGAUGUUUGAGCCACGAUUCCAGCGUCUAGUCGCGGAGUACAAGCCACAUGAAGAUCCCGAUGAAGGGUACAAUCAAGUCUCCUAUGAGAAAGGCUCCAACUUCCUACUCUAUCUCGAACGCACCGUCGGCGGUCUGGACCACUUCAUACCUUACAUGAAAGAUUAUGUCAAAACGUUCUCCGGAACCAGUAUCACUACAGAACAAUGGCGUGCGCAUUUGUUCCAUUACUUUGGUAAUCAGCCGGACUCUAGUCGAUAUUUGAAAGCUUUAGGCAAAGUAGAUUGGGAUGCUUGGUUGCAUGGAGACGGAAAGGAUCUAUGUGUGGACGUGGAAUACGAUGACUCGUUAUCCAGACCUCCCUUGGAACUUGCCGACCGAUGGGAUAAAGCUCGCUCAGAUUCGUCACUUUCUCAAUUCUCCAUGUCCGACAUUUCAGGGAUGUCUCCCACACAAAAAAUUGUCUUUCUUAACAAGCUGGAGGAGAAAGAACCUCUUUCCGUCAAAGCGGCUCAGACUCUGGGUAAAGUGUAUGAGAUGGAGAAGACUGGCAGUGCGGAAAUCCGAUUGAGGUUUUAUCAGAUUGUGCUAAAAGGUGGGAGAGAAUAUUGUCAGGAUGCUGCUGACUGGGUACCAAGAAUGGGUAGAAUGAAAUUUUGUCGACCUAUCUUCCGUCUCAUAUUCCAACAAGACCCAGAUCUGGCUCGUAGCGUAUUUUUGAAACAUGCGAGUUUCUAUCAUCCUAUAGCGAGAAAGAUGAUUGCUCGGGAUCUAGGAGUUACAUUGUAG